AUAGAUAGGGAGAGGCAGGGGAGAGGCAGAGAGAUGUCGUCGCCGAGAACGCCACCGUCGCGAGGGGGCCGAUCUGCGAUGUCGAUGAUGGAGAGCUUGCUGGGCCUUCUCAGGAUCCGGGUCAAGCGCGGCGUCAACCUCGCCGUCCGCGACGUCCGAUCCAGCGAUCCGUACGUGGUUGUCAAGAUGGCGAAGCAGAAAUUGAAGACCCGUGUUAUAAAGAAGGAUGUUAAUCCUGAGUGGAAUGAAGAUCUAACUCUCUCUGUUUCAGAUCCUACUAUUCCAGUCGAGCUGACCAUUUAUGACCACGAUACAUUCAGCAAGGAUGACAAAAUGGGAGAUGCUGAAUUUGACAUAAAACCAUUCAUAGAAGCUCUCAAGAUGAACCUGCAAGGCCUUCCCAGUGGCACUGUCAUAACAAGGCUGCAACCGAGUAGACAAAACUGCCUCGCCGAAGAAAGCUGCAUCAUCUGGAGUGAAGGCCGGGUUGUCCAAGACAUGUGCCUCAGACUGAGAAAUGUCGAGUGCGGAGAAGUGGAGAUUCAGCUCCAAUGGAUCGAUCUUCCUGGUUCCAGGGGCUUAUAAAGCUGCAUGAGGUUGGCCCAUGUUCUGUACUUGAACCUCUCGUCCAUACCAUCCUGCGAAGCGAAGCUGUUGUGUCUGUGUCUUUGCCCACUCAUGACUAGUUUGUAUGUGCUUAGUGAGGCAGACAUGUCCCCAAUGCUCUUGUCUCACAUGAUUUAUAGGUCAAGCUAUUUGAAACAACAUGAACACGGUUGAAAGUGGUGAUUGUGUAUUUGCAAGCA